AAAUAUGCCUUUCUCCAAAACACACUAAUAAUAAUUGGUUUGUCGCUUGAUUCUUCUUCCCAGAAUCCCCAGCCUCAACCAGUUCACCUGCAGCUCCAUCCAUACAUACAGCAGAAGUACGCCAGUUGCAGAGAUUUUCAGUCAUAUAUAAUUAAGUGAGAGAGAUCGACGAUGUGCAGCCACGACGGUGGUCAUCCGGUGGCGGUGAGGAAGGGGAAGAGGAGAAGUAGUGCAUGUUUAUCAUCAUGUUGUCCUGGUGUUCGAGUGCGGUCUGCAAUUAGAGGGCUUGGAAGGUGCUUGUUCGUGUGUUGUUACCCUGUGAUGCAGUGUUUUGGGUGGGACGAGUGCCGUCACCGACAUCAUUACCCCAGGCAUUUCCAUUAAAUUAAUUCAUCCCUGUCUUUUGAAGUAAAUUAAGUUGAUUUCCAUUGAUUAGCUUAUUAAUUAAACGGAUUAUAUAUAUCGGUGGUACAUGGUGUAAACUUGAAAUAAAAUAAAAUAAAAAAGAGGUUUUUUU